ACUUUCUCUUUCAUUUCCAUCUCUCGUUUCGUCCAAGACCUCGCUUGCCUGCCUCCGUUCCUCGCCUGCGCCUCCUCUUCCCAUCUCGUAGAGGCCCCUCUCCUUCGCCGGGGACGAGGAGACAGAAGCGAGCUCCAAAUUCGUUCGAUGUUCCCGAUUCCUGCAAUCAUUUUCUUCCAUUGGGGGUUUUGUUGUUAUCCUCCAUGAAAAAGGUGGCGAUUUGACGCAGAUUGGAUAGGGCAAGCUUAAUUUUUCUGUUGGAUCCGCGAGGGCAGCGGAUCUGGAGGUAGGUUGAUUGAGAGAGGAGGAAAGAUGGGGGAUUUCAACCUGGCUCUUGUGAUCGUGGCGGUAGUGGUGUGCGUGCUGGUUCUUCUUGUCAAUCUCUACCUCCUCGUCAAUUAUCAGCACCCCGACGAUGCCAACCAGGCUUACUUUCCCAAGAUGGUAGUGGUUUUGGGUCUCUCCGUCGCCGCCAUCUCCAUUCUCAUGCUCCCGGCGGACGUCGCCAAUCGCCAUGCCUGUCAGCAUGCUAUAUAUAAUGGUGCUUGUAGUCUCACCCUCCCAAUGAAGAGUCUUUGGCUGACCGUCUACAUUGUGGAUGCUGUUCUUGUAUUCUUGGUCAUACCGUUCGCUAUGUUCUACUACGAGGGCGAUCAAGACAAGACUGUCGGGAAGAGGUUGAAGAGUGCUCUCCUGUGGGUUGUGACAUCAGCAGUUGUCUGUGGGCUUGUGCUAGGAAUUCUUUACGCUCUGGUCGGGAAAGUAGACUUCACAGUUAGACACCUCUCUUCCUCCGCAACUACCUUCCCUAGUUCUUGGUCAACUUUCUCAAGUUCUCAACCUUGCAUAGGCUCAACAAAUCAUCUGUGUGAUGCAUAUGGAGCACCUGCUUCGUCAGAAACAACUUGGACCAUGCGAACCAGCUUUCCAGAAUAUGUGGUUGCUCUUGCAACAAUUGUUGGAUCAGUACUUUUCAUUAUAUUUGGUGGUGUUGGGAUUGCAUGCCUUCCACUGAGCCUCAUAUUUUCAUUCAUAAGGCGCCCCAAGGCUGUGAUAACUCGUUCUCAGUAUAUCAAGGAGGCAACUGAACUGGCAAAAAAAGCUAAAGAACUAAAGAAAGCUAUCCAAGCUCUUCAUCAGGAUGAGAGAAGUGGUGCUAAGGGGAGGAAGUGGCGCAAAAAUGUGAAGGCUGUUGAGAAGGAAUUGUUUCUUUUGGAAGAUGAUAUGCAAGCUUUGGAAGAAAUGUAUCCCCAAGGAGAGCAGGCAGAGACCCUUUGGGCUCUUACAGUUCUUGGUUACAUUGGAAAACUUGUAUUAGGUAUCCUAGGGUUAAUUGUUUCAGUGGCCUGGGUUGCACAUAUUGUACUAUAUUUGCUGAUCAACCCACCUCUUUCUCCGUUUUUGAAUGAAGUUUUUAUCAAGCUGGAUAGUGUGUGGGGCCUGCUAGGUACUGCAGCAUUUGCUUUUUUCUGCUUCUACCUACUCCUUGCGGUCAUUGCUGGGGAGACGAUACUUGGACUAAAAUUGGUUUUUAUCACUAUCCAUCCAAUGAAGUGGGGAGCGACUUUGAUGAACUCCUUUCUCUUUAAUGUUGGCCUCAUUCUACUUUGCUCCAUCAGUGUGAUUCAGUUCUGUGCCACGGCGUUCGCUUACUAUUCGCAAGCUACUGCUGCUCAAGAAAUUUUUGGACACACAUUGCAAUCUUUACGGGGAAUCAAGUACCUAUACAAGUACAACGUGUUCCAGUAUGGUUUUGUGAUCCUGGCAAUUAUCACUCUCUUCGCCUAUGCCGCAUUCGGGUGGAAAAAGAGGAAACCAAGCGGCAGAUUCCAACUUUCGAGUUGACAUGUUUUUGGUUGAGGCCUUUGUAUAGGCCUAUCAAUCUGCAAAACUGCCUGCCCUUUGUCAAAGUAUAUGAGCUUGAUGCUGGAUGUAUAUUGGCUCACAGGAGGCGACCCGCCGUUGUUGUAAAAAUAGCUGGAGAAGGUUUUGAAUGGUGUUGUGACUAAUUAAUUGCCUUUUCAGUGUUCUCAUGAUCAUUUUAUAUCCUUUGAUAUAGACACAUUCUUGUGCCUUUUGUUCUCCUUGAUGAGUGAGUUAAUGUGCAUGUUCGAAUUGGCUAGAUUUGACGGACAAGCGAGGCCAUGGUUUGUUAAUCUUAUAGAUUAUUGUUCAAGUUAUGGUCAUUUAAUCUCUC